GGUGGCGGUGGCGGUGGCGGUGGCGGCGGCGGCGGCGGUGGCGACGACGACGACGACCGAGAAGAGCUCGUUUCGUCUCGCGGAUACCGGCGUAUAAGCCAGAUGGGAAUUUCUUUGCGAUACCUGACGCGAAGGCGACCGAACGAGAGAAACAGAGACCGAACGAGAGUAGGAGAAAGAAAGACCGCGCCGAAACUAACCACAAAUCUUUCCUUCCUCUUCGAGAACAAUGCCGGCUUUAGCUAUUUUUUUAAACGACCAUCCAAAUAGUUCCACCAUCUUUUUUCCACGACCAAUCGCAUCGUAGAAAAAAAUGUCGACAUCCUCCGUCGACAGCUCGACCAAUCAACGCGUCGCAACGCAAAACUUUUUAAACAACCGAUUGAUUUAUUUCGUUCGCCCUAACCAAUGAGAUCGAAAGAUCUUUUCGUUGCGCUUAAAGGCUAGGUGCACGUGCAUAUAGAAACGCGAACGUUUGCGCUUGCCAUCGCUUACGUUUAUCGCCAUCUUCGCAUAAAAUUUUUAAUCCGGUACGCGCGACCAAUGGCAGCCAAGCGUGUACGCGGUUCUCCGGGCGAAAACCCCGUACGAUCGAAACUGAUCGAAACUUUCUGAAACGUCGUAUCGAUUAGUUUCGAGAUAAAAGAACGACGAUCGACAAGCGAGGAACGAAAUGCGAUCCUUGACGACCCGUGUAACAAAUAUCGAAUCGAAUACGCAUCGAGUGACGCGUAACAUUUUUUAAAUCUUUCUUGCAUUGUCAUGUAACUCGCCGCCGUCGAGAUAUUGUAAACGCGUUGACCAAUCACGUGCGAGACAGAGAGAAUAAUUAAUCGGGAGCAUUACGAAUGAAAAAGUCAAUUUCCUGUCUGGCGAAAAACAUUGAAAAGAAGGGAAACGAGGAUCGUCGUUUCGAUCGCGUACGACGUAAUCGCGUAUUUCAACGAGAGACAAAGACGCGCGAAAUCGUCUCGUAAUUAUUCCAUCUACGUCGGUCGUACGAUCUCAACGUCUUUGAGAUCGCAAUGACGAACGACAAGGAGAGGCCCGAUUGUAACUCGCAGUUUCAGCGUCAUUACCGCUGGAACUUUUUCAAGAACUUAAAACUUCCAAAAGGCCAUUCGUGGGAGUUAAUACCACUGUUGGCAAUUAAAACAGCGCUAUUGUUUUCCAUCUCUUUCAUGUGCUACCACAGGAUGUUUGUGACUACGAUCGAUGUAACUCUCAGAGAUUAUCACCGAUUCGAAAUUCCCUCGGUACCACGAUUUUUCGACCUGCGCAACCCCCGUGUUCUCAAGUUAUGGUAUACGAAAAAACUCAAGCCGGCCAUUCAUCUGGACAAUCGAUAUCGACUCAUGAGACACGAGCCGAUGCUCGACGCCGAUGGAAAGGAAACCGACGAGAUCGGCGAGGACGAUUCGAUCGACAUAGAGGAACUGCUGAGGCAACAAGAAAAGGCUCCGGAAUAAACGAUUAAUUUAAAUCCAUUUCAAACUCGGCGGUAUAAAAUUUUGCUUUUGCUCGAAGAGCAGGGUCAAGGUAAAAUCUUUAAUGAGAAAUAAUAGAAAAAUCGGAGAGGUCGAUCCUCGAAGGACUCGCAACCCGAGUCGAGGAUUUAGGCACUCUUUAGAAGUCGUAAAGUACGAAAUUGUUCGAACCGGUGACCGUCUCGUUCCGACCUCUGAUCUUUCCUUUCGAAAUCUCCAAAAUCCCUUAGUUUUCCUCUCUCCUUUUCCCUCUCGCUUUCCCUGCUACCCGCGUCAACGUCAAAAUGAUUCUUUCGGACGCGCAAGAUUUGUGUAGAAUGAAAACUCCUCGUAGAAAUAAACGAACUAAAAGAAAAA